UGAAUUUAUAAAAUAGACGCCGAAAUUUUUUUCUUCCAACACAUUUCUCUUUUUGCUAAAUUAAAAUAGGUUUACUUCUUGUGCAAAACACACUGAAUUAAAAAAACGAAAAGUGAAAUACAACAUAAAUACUAACAGAUUUGGAAAUAAGUUGCAUACAAACAAAAUGGCUGACAUUUCAACUGAAGAAUUAAAAAAUGAAAUCCAUGCAGUCUUAAAGACAGCCGAUUUGUCCGUGGUCUCGGCCAAAAAAGUGCGUGAACAAGUGGAGAAAAAGUUGGAAUGUUCCUUGCUCAGUCGCAAGAAGGAGUUCGACAAAAUUGUGAUGGAUUUCAUAAAUGCCCAGCAAGAUGAAGAAUCAGAAGAGGAAGACAAAGAUGAUGCUAGUGCUUCGGAAGAGGAAGCCAGCAGUGAGGAGGAAAAGAAGCCGGCUAAGAAACGUCCCCAACCUACACAACGCAAAGCAGCGCCUCCCAAAAAGAAGCGCAAAUCAUUGACUGCCUCCGACUCGGGUUCCGAAUCCGAUGCCGGUUCUGACUCAGACUUUGAAAUGCCCAAGAAGAAGGCAGCUGCCAAAAAGAAGAAGGCACCCGGUGAUAAACCAGCAGGUCCUCGCAAAUCGACAGGUUUCACCAGAGCCUACAACCUAUCCCCGGAAUUGUCAUCCUUAAUGGGUGCCGAAGCUCUGCCCCGCCAUGAAGUGGUCAAGAAAGUCUGGGCCAUUAUUAAGGAACGCAACUUGUACGAUCCGAAAAACAAACAAUUUGCCAUUUGUGAUGAUGAACUUAUGAAAGUAAUGAAAGUUAAACGUUUUCGUACCUUUGGUAUGUUGAAACAUUUAAAACCCCAUUUCUUGGAAUAAGCAAACAAUGAACAAAAACAUACCCCGCGGGCGUUUAAUGGACAAACAUUAAUGGCCAUUUAGAUAUACUAAAACUAGAGUGUUUUAGUAAUUAAAAAAAAUAUUUUUAUAAUUUUAAUUAUUUUUUAUUUACUAUUUUUUUCCUUGCAGUUAUUGUGACAAUUUAAAUUUUAUAAAAAAAAAAGAAAUUUUAUUAGAAACUCUAUAUGAAGAAGAAUCGAGAAAAUUAUAAACUACUGAUUAAAUUUUAUUAAACAAAAAAAGAGCAUUUCUAAAAUAGUACUUUAAGUUCUUUUCUAAAUAUGUAAUUAAAAUGUAAUUCUUUUUUGUUUGACUGCAUUACGCAUAUUUAUGCGUAAAAUAUUUAACAAUUUAAGAAAAAUCUUAAAAAGAAACUCAGUGUAUCCGCAAUAAACUAAAAAUAAUUUUCAAUUAUAAUUAUUUUUCUUAAGUUCUUUUGAUAUUUUACAUUUAAGAAAAACAAAAAUACAAAAAAAAUAAACUUAAAAUGCUUCAAUUUAAAACUUAAUAA